AUACGAGAGAGCCUCUGAGAGUCUGAGAGGGAGAGACAGAGCGAGAGAGAGCGAGCGAAGAUGGGGGGAGGAAUGGAAACGCAGAAGAACAGGUUCAUCGAGGAUUGGAGCACGGCCCGCGAGAAUCUCGAGCACAACUUCCGGUGGACUCGCCGGAACCUCGCCCUCGUCGGCAUCUUCGGCGUCGCCCUCCCCCUCCUCGUCUACAAGGGCAUCGUCCGCGAAUUCCAUAUGCAGGAUGAGGAUAAUGGAAGGCCAUACAGGAAGUUCCUCUGACUGGUUUUGAAGCAAAAUGCCUUAAUAAUACACUGUGGAUGUACUUGAACCACAAAAUUGACUUCCAAGUUUUUCUUGUGAAUCUCUUUGCGAUGUCAUUUCAGUAUUUUGAUGUGCGGCAAGUUAAUGCUGAUGGUCGAACUUUGAUUCAUUCCA